UCGGGGAUCUCGCGCUCCAGCAGAUGGCGGCUUCCCACUUGUGCGCGAGACGCAGAGAGAGAGAGGGAGAGAGAGAGAGAGAGAGAGAGAGCAAGAGGAGCGCGAGCGGACGGGCUUGGACCGAAGCAGCACGCGGGGAGGACUUUUUCCAUUGAGCUGACUUGUCAUCUCACUGGCGGACAAAAAGGACGGUAAAGAGGGCAAAAACACACCCGACAGAGCCGCUAAAAGAUCAGAAAAGAAGCCCGGGGAGGAAACGGAGGAGCUUGAGUUCUUUCUGUUUGAGGAGGUGACAGCGAAGAAAACUUCCGGCGCAGGAGGUAGCGACCUCUCACCAUGCAGCACUACGGGGUGAACGGCUACUCUCUGCACGCCAUGAACUCCCUCAGCGCCAUGUACAACCUGCACCAGCAGGCCGCACAACAGGCGCAGCACGCGCCCGACUACCGGCCGUCCGUGCACGCGCUUACGUUGGCCGAGAGACUGGCUGACAUCAUCCUGGAGGCUCGCUACGGCUCUCAGCACCGCAAACAGCGCCGGAGUCGCACGGCCUUCACCGCGCAGCAGCUGGAAGCGCUGGAGAAGACUUUCCAGAAGACCCAUUACCCGGAUGUGGUGAUGAGGGAGCGACUUGCCAUGUGCACCAAUUUGCCCGAGGCCCGCGUGCAGGUUUGGUUCAAAAAUCGCAGAGCAAAGUUUCGUAAGAAGCAGCGCAGCCUCCAGAAGGAGCAGCUUCAGAAGCAGAAGGAGGUGUCCGGGGAAGGAGGAAGCGAGAAGGAGGACACGCCUCCCUCCACCACUAUCCUUUCUGAUACCCAGCUUCCACCUUCAUCCUCCUCCUCCUCAUCAUCCUCCCUGGAGACAGAGGGUCCUGUGGUUCAUCCUGUUCCACUGGACAUGGAGCUGAACGUCACGUCAGCAGAACAUUCAGGCAGCGAGUCGGCAACAGAGGAUAAUGCCACCGAUAAGGAGGACGAGAGCAAAUCUCAGAAAGAGGAAAUGAAGUGUGAAAGGGCGGUGACACCCGGGGACGACUCUCCGGCUUGUAAAAGACUCAGCCCUAAACCAGAUUCCCCCCUGGUCUCUCCGUCAGUGACACCUUCGUCCUCCAGCAGCAGCCUGGCCAGCGCCGGUCCUCUCUCUCAGAGCCACUCUUACUCUUCGUCCCCCCUCAGUCUGUUUCGUCUGCAGGAGCAGUUCCGCCAGCACAUGGCCGCCACCAACAAUCUGGUGCACUACCCCGCUUUUGACCUCGCUGCCCCGUCUUCACUUCCCUACCUGGGAAUGAAUGUUAACAUGCCCCCUGCGCCACUGGGCUCUCUGCCCUGCCAGUCCUACUAUCAGUCCCUGUCCCAUCAUGCACAGCAGGUGUGGAACAGCCCGCUGCUGCAGGCAUCAACUGCAGGCGGCCUCACCAGCCACAACAGCAAGACCACCAGCAUUGAGAACCUGCGUCUGAGGGCCAAGCAGCACGCCGCCUCGCUGGGACUGGACACAAUGUCUAACUGAGAAUCAGAAGGGGUGAAAGAUGGCGUAAACUAGGCCAGAGCCUGCACAUUACCAUACCCUACUGCGUGUCCGUGUGACUGUGAUAGCUCUUUAGGAAGCAUACAAGGACUCCUCCAGCAGAUGGGCACAGAACAUACAGAGAUGUUCGUAAAUAAAACAUGCCAAAAUGCUUUGGACCUACAGAUCUCCAUUUAACAUCUCUUCAAAACGCACCACAUGUCGACCACCUGCUCGACUCCUCAUAGCUUCUGUUGCAGCUCAGCGUAUUGUUGGAAAAAGAAAACCCCCAAGAUAAUGGACAGCACUGCUGUAAGAUGCAACACUCCAUAAAGUGAAAAUACUUCCAACAGUCAUGCAAUGCUGGACCUUCCUAAAUAAAUGAAAAAGAAUCAUGAAAAAUGGUGUGAACGGCUGGACGGACUCACUUAAACAAAGCAAAACAAGAGAAAUAACAAUGCAAAUAAUGUUUACAAGAACAAUGUGAAUAAAUGAGGCACUUUGGAAGGAAUCACUCAUGCAGCAAAGAGACAUUUCAGUGAAGCCGUGUGGUUAUGUACAUACCACGUAAAACACAACAGCACAUAAGUAAAAAUAAACCCGAGCCAUGUUGUCCUCAACACCAUAAUUAAAAGUGACUAAUUCACCAGUUUAAUAGCCACUAAUAUGCCACUUUGUACAGAGGCUGGCUUGAUAAUGAGAAAAUGAUUUCAGUGACUAAAUUCUCAGAGGUUUUAAUUACAUUUUGCCCUGGGCUGAGAGAGCUGGGCCUAGCGCAAUUACGAACAUGCGUAACACUUAAUGCAGCAUUUUUAGAUUCAAUGGGUCCGUACGCCAAAACUGUACUCUGAGGCAGACGCACGACUUUGCAAUGACUUGUUCAUCUCCUGCGAAUACAGAACGAUGGUAAACAUAUUAGGACUCGGUUAAAUAUUGUCUUGACUUGUAUUAUUCCCGCCUUAAUAGUCUCUCGAGGAAACAUGCAGCUUUUCAUUGAAAGCCACACCGUCAGCACUUGAUGAGAAUCACACACGUCUCUGAUGUUUUCCGUUAAUGUGUUUUGGAAGAUAAUGUCUUCAAAUGAAAAAAAAGCACAUUAUUUUAAUAUGUAAAAUACAAAAAAGUCUAUCUAUUAAUGUUUACUGGUAAAGUAAUUGUAAAGUUCCUAUUAUGUUGUAUAAUUAAUAAUAAUGGACUCUGUCUCAGAUAAAAUUCCUUGUCAGAUUGUAAGAUUGUAUUUACUGAGCUCACCGACAGCCCCGUCCAUCCCCUCCUGUCUUGGUUGUCUUUUUAACACUCCUGGAUUGAUCUGAUAUCUAAAAUUUAAAGUUUUUUUUUCCUUCUUUGAGAAUUAAUUUAAAAGAAGAACCUGAGCACACUUCAUUUUUCUGGAAAACUACCACCCUCCGUGUUUUUCAAUCAAUCCAGGUGUAAAAGCAAAAGAAGGAGAAGACAUCUGAGUGAAUAAUUGACCCGAGUCCUCUGUGCUCUGCUGUCUCGACUCUAUUUGAGUCCUGUUGUUGUUUCUAAUGCUGUUCCCCGACUGUUUCUGUCAAACUACUUGGUCCGGUGCUAAAUAGAUAUGUAAAGGUGGAGGAGAGCGACCGGACCAUCAGCAGUGUUGUUUUCUUUGCUCCUCUCAAUAAUGUAGACUUGAACUUGUGUUGUUGUAAAAUAACUUCAAAUAAAAACAUUGCCUGA